AAUAUGUCAACAUCAGAUAAGGAGGACUUACCGUCCUUUCAUCGACAUGACAAGCCUAUCGGACCUCUCCAACAUCGUGCGCAGACAUGGGACACUGGUGCAGCCCGAACACUUCGUGGUAUCGCCCAAAAAAAGAUUCGACUGAGGAAGAAUACCUAUAAGUACAAACCCAUAGCUUACCACGAAGACAUCCGAAUUCUGAAGAUCCUCCACGGAAAGGAAGGCUCAAAUCUGGAGUGCAUGCUAUUCCCGAGCUCACUGCAGUCGACAAAGUCAACCUCGACGUCCAACUGCCACAGAUACUGCGCCCUCUCCUACUGGUGGGGGGAAGACCUGCCGACACAUCCAGUCGAAAUGUACGAUGAUACAGGUGUGCGAGAUGGGCUACAAACUAUGACCCCGUUCAACUCGUCAGGAAAAUUCUACAUCAGGGACAACUUGGCAGCCGCGUUGAAGCAAUUCCGAAAAGAGACUGAAGACAUCAACGUCUGGGUGGAUGCGUUGUGUAUCAACCAAACCGACGUGGAGGAAAAGACAGCGCAGGUUGCAAGAAUGGACGUCAUAUACAGCGAGGCCACUUAUGUUUGCGCCUGGCUUGGAGCCGGCAAGCCUGAAAGCAAAGAGACUUUCGACUUCCUGAAGAACAAAGUAUUGGACUUGCAGGAACUGGAUAAUCUUGUCAAGACAAGUAACCACGCGAGAAAAUGGAGAUUAGUCGUCAACCUAAUGAAGAACCGCUGGUUCAGCAGAAGAUGGGUGAUUCAAGAGCUGGCACUGGCACGAAUCGCGGUCGUUCGUUGGGGCUCGGAGGAGAUUGAAUGGUCGAACUUUGCAGACGCCAUAGCAUUGUUCAUGACAAAACAUGAUGAGAUUACCGAGAUACUUGAGGGCAACCAGAAGACUUUUUCUGCUAUGCAAGACCCGGACACCCACAUCGGCGCUUUGGACCCUCGCGCCCUUGGCGCAAACACACUCGUCAACGCCUCGACCAACCUCUUUCGCAGAUUACCCGAUGGCACCAUAAAGCAACGACUGGUCAACUUGGAGGUCUUGGUUACUGCUCUGUUCCUGGCCUUUGAGGCUUCCGAGCCCAAGGAUACUAUAUACGCUGUGUUGUCCCUAGCCAAGGACACCAUGAUACGACCGAAUUUGGCAAACCCCCCCAGCUGGGAAGUCGAAUCCCCCAUCGAUCUACGAAUAGUACCAGAUUAUGAUAAAAGUCUCACCGACGUUUGUGCAGACUUUAUGGAAUACUGUAUUGAAAGGUCUCAAUCACUGGAUAUCUUGUGCCGUCAUUGGGCCCCUCAACCAAGAAAGCCAUCUCAACUUGAAGAGUUGAAGGGAACUCGUGCGGAAGAAGUUGAAAAAAUGCCAUCAUGGAUUCCAUCGAUCGAGGGUCAUGCGUAUGGCGGACCUUUGGAUACGCUUCAGGGGAGGAAGAACGGUGAUAGUCUUGUCGGCUGUGAUGAAAGGCAGAAUCACCAACAUUACCAAGCUUCGGGCAACCUUCAGGCAUCUCUCAAAUUUGAUCGAACACCAAAACAGCCGGCUGCGUUACAGCUGCGCCCUAAGAAGUUCGACGGAACACUGCACGUCAAAGGAUUCAAACUCGACACUAUCAAGAGCAUUUCGGGACGCGUCUCACGCGGGAUCAUACCAGCUGAGGCAUUCGAAUUUGGGGGUUGGCCAAAACUCGGCGCCGGCGACACAUUUCCAGACAGGGUUCCUGACCAAUUAUGGAGAACUCUUGUUGCGGAUCGUGGAUUCGAUGGCACUAAUGCGCCCGCGUGGUACCGUCGUGCUUGUCUCGAGUGUAUGACUCAUGUCGACAACAAUGGUGACCUUGAUACAAACAAGUUCAAAGAUAUUGAGGAUACUCCGGCCACUAUGAAGCUGUUUCUAAAAAGAGUCAGGAAUAUUGUCUGGAACAGAAAAUUCUUUCUAACAGCUAAUGAUAGAAAGAACCAUGGAGAGCUUUAUGGUAUUGCUCCUCCAAAAGCAGCCAUCAACGAUAUCAUUUGCAUCCUCUUCGGCUGCAGUGUACCUGUUGUGCUUCGGAAAGUGGAGAAGGAGGAUCGGCAUAUUGUCGUUGGAGAAUGUUAUGUUAAUGGGAUGAUGGAUGGGGAGUCACUU